AUGGAUGGGGUUUGUCAUCGCCCGCGCAUAACUAACGCAAAAUAUAUCCAAGCAGAUAUUGCUGGCCUUGGAUUUUCUCCAUGGACAAGGGAUAAUUCAUUGCGGCCCAUUGACCUACAGCCUGCAAACAUCAUGUUUCCAGUUGUAGGUACCUCUUCUAGCGAUGACUUCCUGCAGCCCCCGGAGUUCAGUCCUGUCACAUGGCUUGGAGGAGUGGAAAAGGAUGAUAGUGCGCCACGGUAUUUGAUGGCUUCACAGAGGAUUCGAGGGACUCUGGAUAAUGCAGACCUCUCCACAUUAUUAGUGAAGAUUGGCGACGUAGGGGGAGCUACAUUGGGUCAGCAGCAUGAUGAACUACUACCAGUAACCCCCAACAGCUUUACGUGCACCUGA